UUUUGAGACGGAACCCAUUUGGAGACUGAGGGAAAUGGCAAUUCUAAAACAGAAAGAUGUUCUGAGUAGAAAUCAACUCAUUGCUUCGGCUCUCUGUAAGAACCUCAAACUGGAUUAUGAAAGUUUCAAGGAUGAUACUUUGCAAAGUGAUAUCAAGAGCUUGUGCGAAAAGAUUAUUUCUUGCAAAAUCGAUGAUAAGGAGAUGAAAUGGAUAUCUAUUGCUGAAAACUUUCCUGUAGAUUCUGAUAGUUGCUUGAGGACUCUCACUGAAUUAAAUGAAUCACUUGCACCAGUAUCUGUUAUUCGUGGAGAGGGGAUGAAACCGUCUGUAGAUGAUAUUGCUGUAUUUUCAGCAGUGUAUCCCUAUGUGGUUAGUCUCCCUGAUUCAGACAGGAAAACCUUGCCACAUUUACUGAGAUGGGUGGAUUAUAUUCAGAAUAAGGAGGAUUUUGGAGAAGCCUUUGAAAAGAUACAUGUAGAGAAAGUCAACUUUGCACCUCCACUACCAAAAACUGUUGAGAAGGUGCAGGUGGUGGAUAACACCGUGAAAAGUGGAAACAACUCUGAGGGAAAGAAACCUGCUGAUAAGGAAAAGGCGAAAGAGGUUAAAGUGGCCACAGUGGAAAAGACAAAAUUGCCUGAAAAGGAAAAGGCAAAAGCGGAUAAGCAGACAAAACAGGAGAAGACAAAAUUGCCUGAAAAGGUAGAAGAGAAGAAAGAUGAAGAGACAAGUGUUAGUUUAUUGAGAAUACAGGUAGGCCUAAUUCGCAAAGCAUGGAAGCAUCCCUCAGCUGACAGUUUGCUAGUUGAAGAGAUAGAUGUGGGUGAAGCUAAAGUACGACAAGUUGUCAGUGGUCUAGCAAAAUAUUGCACUCCUGAAGAGCUGACAAACCGCCAAAUUGUGCUAAUUACAAAUGUGAAACCCGGAAAGCUGAGGGAUGUCGUGUCCGAAGGCCUGGUGUUAUGUGCUUCAAAUGAAGACCAUACCGUUGUUGAGCCUCUAAUUCCUCCAAAAGGGGCGAAAGUGGGGGAAUGUGUUUCAUUUUCUGGGCAUGAUGGAAAACCAGAAGAUGUAUUGAAUCCAAAAAAGAAACAGUUGGACAAGAUAACACCACAUCUUUUCACUAGUGAGAAGGGAGUGGCUACGUUUAAGGGCAUACCAUUUAUGACUUCGGAUGGGCCAUGCACGUCCUCCAUUCCCAAUGCAAGCAUCAAGUGAUGAUAUCAUUCUAUUUUAUGUGCAUUAUAUAUAUGUACUUUCUGCAUUGGAAUCUCUCUUCAAUCUAGUUACUGAUUUUGGAAUGACAUUUUACGAAUCUAAAAAUUUGUGGUGUUUUAGAAUUUUAAAUUAUUUAUUCUGGUUUCUGGUCGGGACCUUUUGACUUAUUUGAAAAAGUAGGCUUUGUCUCUUUUUCUUCAUA